UCAGCAUGCCUGGUUCUGGUGCGGCCUGUGAGGCGCUGAGGGAGGCCAUUGCGGCUCGAGAGUGAACGAGAGCUCGAUAAAGACGCGAAGCGGCUCGCCCGGGGGCACCAGAGGAGAGCUACCUGUUUCAGCUUUGGAUGCUUGGAAAUUACAGACCUGAAUUCUUGAAGCUUGACCAUCACAAUUUCAGGCCUAAUAUUCAAAAUAGCAACAAAAAAAAAAGAAGAAGUGAUCCUGAAAACUGCCAAAUUCUGAGACAAAGACUACAUGACACAACAACAUGAGCGAGAAUAAAUGUGACACACAGUUUUACAGUGUUCAAGUUGCGGAUUCAACAUUCACUGUACUAAAACGCUACCAGCAAUUGAAACCUAUAGGCUCUGGGGCUCAAGGCAUUGUUUGUGCUGCAUUUGAUACUGUCCUUGGAAUAAAUGUUGCUGUAAAGAAGCUGAGUCGCCCUUUCCAGAAUCAAACCCAUGCAAAGCGAGCUUACAGAGAACUAGUGCUGCUAAAGUGUGUGAAUCACAAAAAUAUAAUUAGUCUAUUAAAUGUAUUUACACCACAGAAGUCAUUAGAAGAAUUUCAAGAUGUGUAUUUGGUUAUGGAAUUGAUGGAUGCUAAUUUAUGCCAAGUUAUUCAUAUGGAGCUGGAUCAUGAAAGAAUGUCCUAUCUUUUAUACCAGAUGUUGUGUGGGAUCAAACAUCUUCAUUCAGCUGGUAUCAUCCACAGAGAUUUAAAACCCAGCAAUAUAGUAGUAAAAUCAGAUUGUACUCUCAAAAUCCUUGACUUUGGACUUGCAAGAACAGCAUGUACUAAUUUCAUGAUGACCCCAUAUGUAGUAACACGAUAUUAUAGAGCACCAGAAGUUAUUCUUGGCAUGGGAUACAAAGAGAAUGUUGAUAUCUGGUCAGUUGGUUGCAUCAUGGGAGAAUUGGUGAAAGGUUGUGUGAUAUUCCAAGGCACUGAUCAUAUUGAUCAGUGGAAUAAAGUUAUUGAACAAUUAGGUACACCAUCAGCAGAUUUCAUGAAAAAACUACAGCCCACUGUACGAAAUUAUGUAGAAAACAGGCCGAAAUAUCCAGGUAUCAAAUUUGAAGAACUCUUUCCAGACUGGAUAUUUCCAUCAGAGUCUGACCGUGAUAAACUAAAAACAAGUCAAGCUAGAGAUUUACUAUCAAAAAUGCUAGUAGUAGAUCCAGACAAACGAAUUUCAGUAGAUGAAGCUUUGCGACAUCCUUAUAUCACAGUUUGGUAUGACCCAGCUGAAGCAGAAGCACCACCCCCCCAAAUCUAUGAUGCACAAUUGGAAGAAAGAGAACAUGCCAUUGAAGAAUGGAAAGAGUUAAUAUAUAAGGAAGUAAUGGAUUGGGAAGAAAGAAAUAAGAAUGGUUUGGUAAAAGAACAGCCUUCAGAUGCAGCAGUGAAUAGCAAUACCAGCCCUUCUCAGUCAUCAUCAGUCAACGACAUUUCAUCCAUGUCAACAGAACAAACAUUGGCUUCAGACACGGACAGCAGCCUUGAUGCUUUGACAGGAACACUUGAAGGAUGUCGGUGAUCAGCUUUGAAGAUUAAGAUUAGCAAAGAAUCUUUGCUUCUGUUGGGCCUCUUGCUUGUAAGUUCAUGGAGCCAAAUAGAAAACUUCAUGUUCUGCAUGUUCCUCUAAAAUAAUGCCUGUGAUUUUACUCAGUUGCAGUAAAACUGUCUGCUUAAUAUUGUAGAGUGAAAGCAACUUUGUAUGUCAAGGCAAAUGAAAUAUAAACAUUAAUAUAAUACGUUUUGAUCUAUAUCAGGUGAGCAGUUAAAAUAACAAGAUCAAACAAAUCCAUGGGCAUUCUCACAGAUAUCUUUGAAAAACAUGUUUAUAAAAGAAAUGUGUGUGUGUUUGAGAAAGGGGGGGAGGAAAGGAAGGAAGGAAAGAAGGAAGAUGUAAAUCUUGUUGAAUGUAUAUUCUGUUUCUUAACUAUUCAAUUGCAGUCAUAUGCCAUUCUUAAUAUACCUUGCUGGUAUUCUCAAUACUGUAUAAUAUAGACACAAUUGUUUUUCUGUAUAGCACUCUUUUCUUGAGGCCUUUUUCUCUCCAUCACCAAAUAAUAUUGUACUCCUUCUCAUAGAAGAAGCAAAUUUGUGAAUUUUUGCUUCACAUUUUACAUCUAAAUGUGUUUUUGAAUGUAUUAUUUCAGUGCUUUUCUUUAAAGAGUAGGUGGGAUAAGUAAAGAUAAGUCUUAAUACUUAUCAGAGUUAGGGUUUGUUUUUUCAAAUAGCAACGUUGGCACCUGUUUUUAAGAAGUGACUAAACACUUGUAGGACCUUUAUCUUCAUUGCCUUUUCCUGGUAUUAACAUGGAGAAUCUGAUGUUGACAUCAUAUUGGAGGUUACUUUGAGCCUCUUAACACUUUUAGUUGCUUUAGGUAUGUUUUAAGGGACCACUACAUAGCUUAUAAUUACUUUCAAAAAUUCAUAUAUGGGAAAAAUUGAAAUACAUUAUAAAAAGUGAAAGGAAUCAUUUUUAGAGCUAAAACACAGAGGUAAGAAUUAGAGAUAAUCCUCACUUAGCAACACUAACUGGGACUGGGCUUUCCAUUGGUCAGGGAAGCAGUCAUUAGGCAAAACAUGACAUGGCUCCACCAUUUAGUGACGGCAGUUCUGGUAGUCUCACUUGCAUGUGUUAGGCAAGGACUUCUCACUUCUCCUGCCCUGCCAUGCUAAUCUCUGCUUCAACUCCCCUCACCCACUUAUCUAGGCUCUUUUGGCUGUCUUGCAUUCCACCACUGCCACUUAUUCCUCAUGACCCAUGGUUGACCUCCGCCAUCUUCCGGCUGACAAGACACCUCCGGCUGACAAGACACCGUGCAGUCAUAAAUGUGGUUGGCUGCCAAAUGCCUGAAUUUUGAUCACAUGAUUGUGGGGGGUGACAGGGUUCUGAGUAAUGCAGAACUCCGAGGCAGGUAGAUUCCCCAAAGAACAUGUUUAUUGGACACACCAUAUCGACACAGCUAGUCAAACCCAACUCUAAAAGUUCCUAUGGUUUUUCCCCUAAUUAAAAGAGCAAAUAUUCCCUCCCCAGGUGUCACCAGUCACAUUAUCCAAUGAAGGUAGCUGGGAGGUUGCUAGGCCACUCCUCUGCCAUUUACUGGGAUGACCUUGGUUCCCACAGGUCAUCUUGGUUCUUGUUUUGAUGGGUAGCUGGUUUAUCUACUUCCUCCCUCCCUUCCCCCUUUCAAAGUUUACGGCAAGUAUGAGGCAGGAGGAAAAUGGCUUCAACCAGGUCAGCUUCAGAGUUGACGGGGUGCCAGAGCAGCCAUAACGUUGCACUAUAAUUAUGAUUCAUUUAGUGACAGUGUAAUCUUGAAUAGUCAUUAUGUGAGGACUACUUAUAGUAAUGUAUGAAAUAUGUAAGGGUGGGGGUUUUUUAAAAAAAAAUGCCCAAUCUUGAGUGAAAUUUGCUUUGCUUCAAUUUCUUCCUACUCUGAACAUGAGCAAAGUUGAUUUAACAGGAAAAUAUUUAUGUGACUAUGUGGGUGGGUUGGCAGAUGAGCAUUGUGUUUUAGGGAAGGUAUGGUGGAUGGAACAAAGUUGUGAAUCAAAGCCAGAUGUUACAGUUAUUACAGAUUUCCAGGCUGUGGGAGGGGAGUUUCCCUUAGAAGAUAUUGGGAAAGGCUUAUUGUGUAUUAUUGCCUUUUUCUUUGGGCACCAGCACUUUACUAGCAGGGCAAACAUAUGACUGGGAAUAAGUCCUAUUAAGUUUAAUAAGUGUGAUAUAGGAUCACAGCAUAAAUUCAUUGUUUUUAAAAAUAACAUUUUUUAGCAAUAGGUUCUUCAAAACACACUAUCAGAAUGAGCCCCACACUCCUGAUUUCUCCAGAUAGAAUUUGCUAUCAGAUCUUCUGGCUAUAAGAUAUUCAUACAAUUUUAUCACUUGAUAAAAUUUAAUUACUAAGUUGCAACUGAACAUAUUAAUUGCCUUCCUUAAACAUUCUGCUUGAGAUAUGAGAUCACAUGAAAUGCCUGUGAGAGCUUAUAUGUUAGCAAUUAACAGAAUAAUCCGUGUUCAUAUUUAUCCUUAAUGUAUGAUGUAUAGACACAAUCUAUUAUUUGCACUAAUAAGGUAUUUCAGAAGACAAUAUUAAUGAGUAAAAUAAAACAUAUUUCAUUGCUAAUUAAAAUAAACAUAGGAAACAAAAGAAAGACUGAAGUGAAAGAACAUAUCCAACAAAGAACAUAUCCAACAAAGCUUAAUUCAUAAAGUUGUUAAGCAUUCCAUCAAACUAUUUUGAAAUAACUCUGUAGCCCCUUCUUUUGCACAAAACCCAUUUGAUUUACCUGCAUGAAAUUUGGAAAUGCUAUCUAUUUUGAAAUGUAAUAUUGUGCCCCAAAGCAAUCAGUUUUCCCCUGUAGGCUUAAUCACAUUUAGCCCAUUUUAAAAAGAUAGAUUGCUUUUGAAUUCAUCCCAUUCUGCCAAACAACCAUAAAGCCACGGUUAUGUUUUUCUUAAGCUAUGCUGGGGUGAUUAAACUCUGCAAUUCACUUGGGAUCAAGAUCCCAGUUGGUACUUUAUUUAACCAAAAAGAAGACAAGGAUAGGAGUUUGACAAGACAUAAAUGUAUAUUGAUUGAAGUUAUAACUACUAAUGAAAACUCAUUGCCUGUAAAAAUUAGGUUCCUCGUUAACAACAUUAAUUGAUCUCCAACUUCAUAUACCAACAUUCGCUGAUCCAUACAACCUGCCCCCCAUUGCAUGCAGAAUCAUCCAACUAUACAGAUGCAUUUUUCCCUUUUAUUCCAUCAGAAGCCAACAAUAGAAUAAGAUGGAUAUAGAAUAAGAUGAAGGGAGUAAGUAAGAAUGGAAAGAAAGAGAAAGGAUGGGAACAAAAUGAUUAGAGAUUGGUUGGUGGGAAGAGUUACAAAGAAGGAAAGAAAAGAAAGAACAAGUCAGUUAUAAUUGAAAUGUUUAAAUUCAAGCUAAUUUUCAUAAAGAAAGCCAGUUGGUAUAGUAGUGGUUAAUGCACUAGGCUAGAAAUCAGGAGACUGUUAAGUUCUAGUUUCAGCUUAAGUACAAAGCCAGCUAAGUGACUUUGGGCCAGCACUAACUCUCAGCCCUAGGAAGCAGGCAGUGGUAAACCAUUUCCAAAAUGUUGCCAAGAAAGACUAGGGGACACAUACACAAUCUUGAGACGUUCAGGCUGUGUGGCAUGACCCCUUCAGCUAUUAGUACUUCAUGCUAAUUGCUUUGUUUUCAUAGCCUUUUCUAUUUUCAGCAAAUGUAAAAUACUACCACAUCAUUCAUAGAAAAUUAUUUGGGGUUAGGGAGUUUAGCUGAAGUUCUCUGGAUGAUCAGAAUUUCUCUGCAGCCUUUGUCAUUCCACAAUGGGAUUGGAGGAGGUAGAGGUGAUACAUUCGUGCAUCUUUUCAACUGUCAAGCUGAAAUGCCUGACAAUAUAGGUUUUUCCUAUGUAUUGCUGUAAAAUUACUUUCCUUCAAAAAGAGCUUUAAUCGGUUUGAAAUUAUGAAAUUGUAUAAUAAUUAUGUAACUUUAAAUAAAGCUAAACAAUGUAAGGUUACAUGAUGCAACUCUUUAAGAGUUUGCAUUGUACUUUCAGAAGUACUGUGAAAAUAAUCCUGUGUUUGGACUAUUUUUUGUAAAUAUGGGUAUUCAUCAUCUAUAGGAACACUGAAUAUUAAAAAUGUGUCUGCCUCUGCAAUAUAUUGUUCAGCAGCAGUAAAAAAUGGCAUUUACACACUCUUGACAUAAUGAUGCUUAUUUCUUAAGCGCUGGUAUAGACAUAUCACAUAUAGGAUAUUUUCCUUUUAGAGAAGAAAAGAGUGGUUUGGAAUUGAAAUACCCAUUGUUUCUAUGGUAUGAAUGCAUAGGACUUUAACGUUUGUACUGUAAUAGUUUGAGGCCAGUUCAGAUUAGAUAGAUUAAUUAGUCCUCAAAUUUCUAUGCUUUCCAUCUUGAAAAAUUUCCUUUGAUUUUUCUUCACUUCAAAACUUUUUUUUUUUUUGAAAAGCGAUAUCCCAUGAAACAACUCAGCUGUUUCUGAAUUCUGAAGGCAUUAGAAUAGUGAGUAUCUAGGCUAUAACUAAACUGAGAAUAAUCAUUGGCUAAAUCCUUAUUUGGAGAGAAUGUGCUAAAGAAAGGGUAAAGCAUAAAUGAGUGGAUUAUUAUCUAACAGGGAACAAUGUUUGCUCUAAUUAUAUGUUAUAGCUUUUUUGUUUUAUAUAUCUGAGGAGACAGAAAAAUGUGGUUGUAUGUACAUAUAUUGUAGUUGCACUGGGACAACCAGUUAAGUGCAACUUUUAUAGCAGCCAUAAAACAUUAAUGUUAUUGUUGAGCUACUUUCACGCUUUGCAAAAAUCAUGGCAUAGAAUUAAUAAUAAUCACUGCCCUGUUAAUGAUACACACACACACACAAUUUAAGUGAUAGAAACAUUUAACCCCACUUGGCUAUAUUUUUCUUCUACAUUGCUCAAUACAGCUUUAUAACAGAUUAUAAACUGUUUGGAGGACAUGGCAAAUGAAGGUGGAUUCAACAUUUUCUGCCACUCUAGAUAAUGUUAUAAAUCAGUUGAUAACAUUGUUUUGAGCAAUGGGUAUGGCAUUAAUUUGUUAAGAAAAGCAUGGACAACUCCAAAUAUGAGAGGGAAGGAACAAUGAAUUGGACAUUAUGAUUCAAUGGCCAUUUUCCAUAUCUUAACUAAUGUUUGGCUAGCAUUAUAUCAUCACCAGACUAAGUAUGACUCUGUUCUAAUAUUUAUUCAUUGAGUUGAAAAGAUAAAACUAGUGAAUAUUUUAAGUAUAAAGACAGAGUUCUAAACCUGAAGCAUACAUUUGCACAACUGGUUUUCUUUCUAUAAAAGAAUGUAAGUAGGAUGUGACAUGGAUAGUUUCCCAUGUUUUGCUUAUAAUUUUGAUGGUGAAUCCUACAUUUCAGUAGAGUCAUUUCUUACUAAUUUAGAUCAAAUAGUAUAUAAUUACUACUUUUGGUCACCUGUAGUUUGAUGUGUUCAAAUCAGUUCAGUGUCACUUUUCCAAAAUCUAAGUGUGUAUUUGUAAAUGUGCAAGUCUUUUUGUAAAAAUCCUGUCAUGAACUUGUCUACUAUAGCAUGCUCUGACAUUACUGUGAAAUGUUUUAAUAGGCAUAAUGUGUGUACUUCCUGUACUUAACUGCUCACCUGAAAAAAAAGGAGAAUGAAGCAAAUUGGCUAGUAAAUGUUCAAUUUCUGUCCUCUACAUAUUAUUUUAAAUAUACUGAGUAGUGAAUGGCAUUGCAGAGAUAGAAUGGUUUUACAAGUUAUUUUUGUAUGUGCCCUCUUCUUUGUUCAGAAACAUUAGAGUCUAGAUUGUUUGGAAAAUGCUUUAAGGAAAUGACUUUACACAAACUUGCAUAUUUAUGAUGAAAUUAUAUGAAGAGAGGCACAUGUCUGUGCAGAUCUUUUUUUUU